AUACAAUAAAGCAAUUGCAAUUGCGUAGAGAUUUAAUAAUGCUUAAAAAAGGAUAAAUUGAAAUUGUGCAAAUGUUGUUUGAUCAAUGUGUCAAGAAAAGAAAAAGAAAAAAAAAUACGAUUAUGAAUGUCUGAUGCUUGCAGUAUUUCUACUACUCAUACCAACACUCUGGGGGGAUGAAACUGAGGCCAGUGUUCUCGUGGCAGAUACCACUAUGUCAAGAAUGGUGGAAUUAAACGCGGAUGCGCCCUUCUGUGCCUUGUACACCGAUCGCGGUGUUAUUCAAAAAAUGGUUCUUGGUGCUGAUCCAAAAAAAGUCCGUCAAAUGUCGAGCAAUCUCGUAGCAGAUUUGGAAGAAACGUGUAAAGCUUCUCGAGACAAGGGAAAGAAUCAACCUGCAGGAGGUGGAUUGAUUUAUCCAGGCACAAAAUGGUGUGGCCCAGGUACUUUAGCAAAGUCGUACGAUGAACUCGGACACCAUGCAGCCGAGGAUGCAUGUUGUAGAGAGCACGACCAUUGCCCUAUCACUAUAUCGCCUAAGGAGUGCAUUCAUGGUAUAUGCAACAACUCGCCUUUCACACGGUCUCACUGUGACUGCGAUGCGAAGUUCCGUAGAUGUUUGCAGAAUCUUAACUCGGAAGUCGCGAAUACUCUUGGUGCUCUUUUUUUUAAUGUGAUACAAGUAACUUGUUUUAAGGAGAGACGUCCCUGUUCACAGUGGCAGAGAAAUGGUUACACGGAAUCGGUAUCGAACCGAUUGUGCUCCCAGUACAAAUUCCGACCAAGCGACAAAUACGUGCCGUUGAUGCCCUUGAACGUGAACUAGCUAUUGCGGAAACGCAAGAAGAACGGACCAGACAGCCUUUGAAGUGAUGCCAGUUAACAGAGUUCUAAUGAAUGGGAUAAUUGCACGCGUUUCAACCGCGUUCCUCGCGCCGCCCCUUUCUUUCACGCUGAUCCAACUUGUCUGGGAACAAUCGAACGAAAUGUUCUUUCCCGAUCAUUCAUGAAUUUAUAUAUUGUUACAGAUCAUUAUUUUUCAUGGAAUAUUUUCAUUUUUCUUUCCUGAUUUUUACUUGACAAAAAAGAUUAUCCUCUUCUUGGUAGCUUCGAUCAAUUUUUCAGCAAGAUCGAUCUAAAACAAUAAAUAGAAAAUUAGUUUUACGAAAAUUUCAUAGCUAAGAAGUAUCCAAGAAAUAUUUUUAACAUUUUUUUUUAAUAAAUAUAUCAGAUAUUUUUUCUCUUUUUCCUUUGGUCUCGAAUAAAGUUAUACUUAAAUAUAAGCAGAUGGAUUUUUUUAGUCUUAAAAAAUUAAAAAUUUCUUUUAAAGUUUUCAUAAAUGUGAAAAAUAUUAGAAAACUUUUUUUUUAAUUUUUUUUGUUUAGUCGUUUUUUCAAUUAAUUUUGAAAAUAAAAAAUGGAAUAAAUAGUUUGAGAUGGUCAGCUUGAAAGUAAGAAAUAGUUAUGCAAAUGUUAGUAGUUGUCAUCCUUGCAACAUAAAAGUCAAUACGUAUUGUUAUAAAAA